AUGAUCACGUCCUUCUUCAAACUCCAAAUCUCGAUCCCCGAUUCGAUUCCGUUUCCACCUCGAUUUCUCCUGCCUAGUCAACAGCAGUUCCGUUUCGGUUUAUUCCUUCGAUUUCCCGCUCAACCAAAGAAUCUUGAUCGAAUGGACUGGAUUAACCGCCUCGGAAUCGGUUGCUUUGCGGCGAAUCGGAGCAAAAGGGAAGUGAAGACGGAGAUCGACAGCGGCGGAGAGGAUUUGUUCGAUGCGGCUGUCAUGGAGUCUGCAGUAAAGCCGGAUCAUUUGGUCGUCAUGGUGAACGGUAUCAUUGGCAGUUCGGCGGAUUGGAAAUAUGCGGCGGAGCAGUUCGUGAAGAAGUUCCCGGACAAAGUACUUGUGCACCGUAGUGAGAGUAAUAGUGCAACGAUGACAUUCGAUGGUGUGGAUAAGAUGGGUGAAAGGCUAGCUAAUGAGGUUUUAUCUGUUAUUAAGAACAGAAGUGGGCUGAAGAAGAUCUCAUUUGUGGCUCAUUCAUUAGGAGGUCUUGUUGCAAGAUACGCCAUAGGGAAGCUCUAUGAACAUCCAGGGGAAGCAAACUCUUUGGACUCUCCGUCAAAGGCCAAUAAUAGCACGAGAGGCGGCGAAAUUGCUGGGUUAGAAGCUAUGAACUUUAUAACUUUCGCAACGCCUCAUCUUGGUUCAAGGGGACAUAGACAGUUCCCGAUUCUUUGUGGACUUCCUUUUCUUGAAAGAACAGCAUCCCAAACUGCACACUUGGCUGCUGGGAGGACCGGGAAGCAUUUGUUUCUGGUGGAUAACGAUGAUGGGAAUCCUCCGCUCCUUAUCGGGAUGGCUACAGAUUCUUGCAACUUCAAAUUCAUAUCAGCUUUAAAUGCUUUCAAGCGACGUGUGGCAUAUGCAAACGUGAAUUUCGAUUACAUGGUUGGAUGGAGGACAUCUUCAAUUCGCCGUUCGAAUGAGCUCCCAAAGCCAAAUCUUCUAGCAACUGAUCCAAAUUAUCCACACAUCGUAUACGUAGAGCAAGGAAACGUGGACAAUGCUAGAUGCCAAUCAACUUCUGUAGUAGUGACAGAUGAAAACUCUGAUCUUGAAGAGGAAAUGUUACAUGGACUCGGUCAAUUAUCCUGGGAACGGGUAGAUGUAAGCUUUCACAAUAGCAAGCAACGAUACGUAGCUCAUAAUACCAUUCAGGUGAAGACAUAUUGGUUACAUUCUGAUGGUAAAGAUGUUGUCUUCCACAUGAUGGAUCAUUUCUGUCUCUAG